AUGGAUCCGGCGAUGUACAAGUCCACGUACGGCGAGGACUAUAAGCCCUACGACACGGAGGCGUACGAGAACCGACCGACGGAGGUGGUGCCCGGCAAGGGCACGACACCGCGCGCGCCGGAGGCCACGAAGGAGCAAGAGAAGCCGCCGUCGCAGACUCCGCGCAUGCGUCGUGCGCCGGCAGACCCGACAGCCUAUGACAGCACCUACAGGAAGGAUUACUGUCGCCCGGAGCAGGCGCCGCAGGACGAGGAGAAGAAGGAGCCUGUGCCGCCGCUGAAGAUUCCGCCGCAGGCAAAGCAGGCGACGCCGCGGAGGUCGUCGGUGCCGCCGUCCGUGCGCUCAUCCGUGCCGGCCACGCCGCGCGCAUCCGUCCGCAGCGGUGCCACACCUUCUGCACCGUCGGCCCUUCAGGCCCCGAAGCCGGCUGACGAGAAACCUGCGACGAAGCCGGCGGAGGCGGCGGAGAAGCCCGCGAAGAAGGCGGCACCAGCGCCGUCGCGUCCACGGCCGAAGGUGAACUACGAAACGGAGUACAAGCAGAACUACCGUCCCUACGGCAACCUGCCGCCCCCGGCGCCAACACCGCGGCGGCCGCAGGGCUGCGUCCACCACGUCGACCCGAACUUCUACACGACGACGGCGCAGUCGAACUACGUGGCCCCGGCGCCGGCACCUGCGCGUCCGGCCUACACCCGUCCGGUCGCGACGGUGCGUCACAUGGACCCCAGCAUGUACGUGAGCACAAGCCAGGCUGCCUACUCGUGA